AUGUUGAAGGAAGCUAGAGAUUUGUUUGAUGAUAUUGUUGAACAAGGAUUGGAUGCAAAUGCUGUAACAUUUAAUACCUUGAUUGAUGCUUACUGUAAAGCUGGGAGAAUGGAAGAAGCAAUUGCAUUGCGUGAUUUGAUGCUGGACAGAAAGUUGUUUCCUGAUGUUUCGACCUAUAAUUGCUUAAUUGGUGGUUUUCUUAGAGAGGGAAACAUGGAAGUCGCUAGUAAGCUUAUAGAUGAACUGGAGAAUAAGGGUUUGAGAGCUGAUCUUAUAACAUAUAACAUACGUUUAGAUGCAUUGUGUAAGAAAGGGGAGUCAAAAAAGGCAGCUAGACUUUUGGAUGAAAUGUUUGGGAGGGAUGUGAUUCCUAAUCAUAUGAUCUACAAUACUUUGAUAGAUGGUUAUUGCAUGGAAGGCAACCUCAGGGCUGCUUUGAAUAUGAGGACACGCAUGGAGAGAGAUGGGAAGCGGGCAAAUGUUGUAUCAUAUAAUGUAUUGAUUAAAGGUUUUUGCAAGAAGGGUAAGCUGGAAGAAGCAAAUGGGCUUCUUAAUGAGAUGUUAGAGAAGGGUUUGGUUCCAAAUCGAACAACCUAUGACAUAGUUAAGGAGGAAAUGAUGGAGAGGGGAUUCGUUCCAGAUAUAGAUGGGCAUUUGUAUAAUGUUUCCAUUAACUCUUAA